CUUUGAAUAGAGUCUUUAUCUACGAAAGUGUCGUUUGAAUACGUUUUCUACAUUUGGUGCCGAGACCCGGGAAUUGAAACUGGGAUUCUAGCGUUGUGAAGAACGUCUCAAAGGAAGCUGUUGUGAAGUCAAAGCUGCACUAGCUGAAAGCACGUGGGCGACCAAUUAUGCCGCCGAAAUUGAGGAAUUUGAAAAAAUUUCGCGAUGGUCACCGAAAGUUCGUCCAGAAAACUAUCGAACAAGCCAAAGGGCUAAUCUCUGAAGGCAAUUCCAUCGAAGUGAAAAGGCUGAAAUUUCUUCGAACCGCCCUUGAAACGAAAAUGUCGGAGCUUCAAUCGCUCGACCGCGAAAUUGUGGAGCUGGUGGACGACGUAAAAACCAUCGAUACCGAAGUCUCUGAGAGCUGUGAGAUAAUGAGUUCCAUUCAGGAGUGUAUUGUUGAGUUAGAAUCUGUUUUGGAAGCUCAAGAAAUGCAGGGUAAGAGUCAGGAAUUCCCUUCUGUGGCGCAACUUCCUCCUUCCGAAAGCGCGGGAACUUCUCAAGAUCACGUUUCGAAGGCAAAGUUGCCGAAGCUCGAGCUUAAGAAGUUUCACGGAAAUCCCAUACACUGGUAUCCCUUUUGGGAAUCUUUCGAGUCUGCGGUUCAUAAGAACCCAAAUUUGUCUUCAGUGGAUAAAUUCAAUUAUUUGCAGUCACUUCUUACUGGCACCGCGCGUAGUACGAUCGCUGGUCUGGCCCUGACGAGUGCAAACUACGAAAAGGCAGUUGGACUGCUUAAACAAAGAUUCGGAAAUCGACAGAUAGUGAUCUCCAGCCACAUGGAAGUGCUCACUAAACUCCCCAAGGUGGAAUCGAUAAGCGAAGUAAAGAAACUCCGAAGCUUGUACGACACAGUGGAAUCUCAUGUUCGUGGAUUGGAAAGUAUGGAAAUCUCAUCUGAAAUGUAUGGUUGCUUCUUGACACCAAUCGUUAUGCAGAAAUUACCGGAGGAAUUUCGGAUCGCUAUCACACGAAAUUUGGAAUCGGAGACAUGGAAUCUGAAAGAUAUUUUGGGUGAAUUUCACAAGGAACUGCAACUGAGAGAACAAUGUCUUGUCAAUAACAAGGAUUCCAGGCCUUCACAUCAGAGAGGUGAGUCGCCAUUUUCUACAUCAGCUUUGUACACUGACAGUUCUGAGAAUAAACAGUCUCCUCGUGUUUGGUGCUCAUUCUGUAAUCAAAAUCAUCAGAGCUCUAAAUGUAAUGUUGUCACAAGUAUUGAAUCUAGAAGGGAAGUUCUUAAAAGGAAGGGCAAGUGUUUUCUCUGUCUCAAGCAAGGACAUUUGGCACGUAACUGUCAAGCACCUAUGAAGUGUCUUAAAUGUCAAGGUGCCCAUCAUGUAGCAAUUUGUGGUAACCCUGAUCCAACCCUGGGUGGGCAAGAUCGAGAACAUGUGGCCAGUGUCUCUACUAGUAUGUAUGUGGAUCAGUCUAGAGGGUCGGUGUUGUUGCAAACCGCAACCGCUGAAGUUGUGCAUCCGGAUAAUGACAGUUUUCCACUAAGUGUUCGUCUGGUUUUUGACUCAUGCA